AGUAUUGAAGUGCCAAUCUGUGAGUGCCACUCGUGUGUUCAUCAUAUAAUUUCAUAUCUAAAAUAUCGUGUUUUUCUGUGCAGCGAUGGCAGAAAAACAGUUGAAAAAUAAAGUUUGCAUUAUUGGUUCUGGUAAUUGGGGAUCAGCAAUAGCUAAAAUUGUGGGUAAAAAUGCUGCCAGACUACCAAAUUUUGAGGAUCGUGUGACUAUGUGGGUGUAUGAAGAGAUUAUUGAAGGAAAGAAGUUAACAGAAAUAAUAAAUGAGACACACGAGAAUGUAAAAUAUUUACCUGGACAUAAAUUGCCAGAAAAUGUGAUUGCUGUGCCAGAUGUAGUGGAAGCUGCUAAAGAUACAGAUCUCCUAAUAUUUGUUGUGCCUCACCAGUUUGUUCGGACAAUUUGCUCCACAUUACUAGGGAAAAUUAAGCCUACAGCAGCUGCUCUUUCCUUGAUUAAGGGCUUCGACAUUGCUGAAGGUGGCGGUAUUGACCUAAUAUCGCAUAUAAUCACAAGGUGCCUCAAGAUCCCUUGUGCUGUUCUAAUGGGUGCUAAUAUAGCUUCAGAGGUAGCAGACGAAAAAUUUUGUGAAACCACUAUUGGUUGUCGUGAUGUGAUGCUUGCCCCGAUGAUGAGAGAUAUCAUACAAACUGAUUACUUUAGGGUGGUCGUUGUUGAUGAUGAAGAUGCUGUCGAGAUAUGUGGGGCGCUCAAGAACAUUGUAGCAGUGGGAGCUGGUUUCGUUGAUGGACUCGGGUUCGGUGACAACACUAAGGCGGCAGUGAUCCGUCUUGGUCUUAUGGAAAUGAUCAAAUUCGUAGACGUUUUUUACCCUGGGAGCAAACUGAGUACUUUCUUCGAAUCAUGUGGCGUUGCAGACCUUGUUACAACGUGUUAUGGCGGCAGGAACAGGCGCGUUGCUGAGGCGUUCGUGAAGACCGGCCGUUCUAUCAAAGAAUUGGAAGAUGAAAUGCUCAAUGGACAGAAGUUACAGGGACCUAUUACCGCAGAAGAAGUGAACCAUAUGCUGACCAACAAAAACAUGGAGAACAAGUUCCCGUUAUUCACUGCUGUGUACCGUAUUUGUCGAGGUGAACUCAAACCGAACGACUUCAUAGACUGCAUCCGUAGCCACCCCGAGCACAUGAAAUGGCCAGCGCCCAAAUGUUCUCUGUGACCCGAGUGAAGUGCUUCAACAGUGUUCCAUCAACUCGAGUCUGUCGCAUUCCUGUCUGCACUAUUGCAUAAUCUCUGCACUUAUAAGCCACAUAUUUAUAUGACGAAUCUUAUGAAUAUUAAAAAAUCUUGAAAAUAUCUCUUUUUAUUAAAUUAUUUGGUAAGUAAUUAUCUAAAAUAAACAUUUUUUAUUUAAUUAAAAUGUCUAUAAAUAAGUGGCUUACUGGUAUAACCGUUUAUAUUAAUGUUGAGCAUUGAAAUGAUUAAAAAAACCUAAUCCAUACUAUCAUUAUCUUGAUAAAUGGCACUUUGAAACGUGUACAAUGGAACUGUAAAUAUUAACAUGAAACUUUUUGCAAGUAGUAUGUUAAUACACAUACAAAUAUACAUUUGAGGAAACAAAUUGUAAAUACAAAAUUUUGUUAUAGACGUCAUUAGUAAAAGUACUAAAAUAAGAUUCGAGUUCAAUUCUUGUAGCUACAAUCUGCGUAGCUUACCAUUGUACACGGUCCGAAAAUAAUAUUGAUAACAUCAACCGCACGAUUGAUUGACGUUAUGUGUUGUGUUACUGAUUAUCGACAUUGUAGCUUGUAAUUAUGUAGUAAAAAUACGAUAUAGCCUUCUUCUAGUCUAAAUUAAGUCCCAUUUUAGAGAUAAAUAAGGUUUUUAGAUUACAACGUACCUAAAUAUAUUCAUGGGGAAAGCCAUGAGUAUUUAUAUAUAAUGCAACAUUAUAAGCGGAGUUAGAAUACACCAUCGUUAUAUUUUCUAAUAGAGUGUACCUAUCUGGUAACUAUUUAUAUUAAAUGCAUAUCUAAACUAAAAGGAAAAAAAUAAACUCAUCGAUUUUCCGCAUUCCUAACAUACAUUUGUGCCAUGUUUUUUUACCUUGUUAAAUUUUAAUAUGUAUAUGGUCUGCCAUGUCUAAAAAAUGAAAUUAACUAUCGAGUCAUUAUUCAUUAAGUUAAAAAAUAGUGUCGUUGAACCGUCUUAUUACCCUAAAACAGUUUUUGAAAACAGAAGCCUUAAUUUACAACAUGAAUUGGCGUAUAUAUUAGGUUUAUUUUUUUCAGGCUAAGGAUAGUUAGAAAAUCACAUUGCUGUAUAAGCUAAUAUUAAAAGGAGGUAAGAUUAAAUAUUUAGGCUUCUGUUUUUAGAUUAUAUAAAAAGCCAUCGUCUAUAGGCACUGGUGGCCAGUGACAAGCAGAAUUAUCUAAAUUUUCCACAUUUACAUAUUUAUGGUUUGGUAAUUUAAAUUUAAAUAGCGGUAAAUGACGCUUUAUGGACAAGCAUAUUUUAUUAUGGACAAAAUGAUUAAAUAUAUAAAACGCUUGCCACUGACCGCAGGUGUAUGGGAUAUCAUAAGUUUUGCUUGUUAUUACCGUACUACAUUUAUAUUAAGUAUUUAUUGAAUAUAAGGAUCAUUUUUAAAUCGUUU